AUGUCGAGCAAGAAUAACUAUUUUAUUGCCUCCUUCUCGCCGGUGAAGGACGUUUAUAAGUCCGUUUCGACCAGUUCGAACUAUUCUUCCUCGUCGUCGCUGGUAUCCACGGCCAGUUCGGCACGACCACAGUCGCAACAGUCACAGCAACAGCAGCACCAGCAGCAGUCGCAGUCGCAGGCGACCAAGGGAGAAGGCGAUUCAUCCGAUAGUGGAGCCCCUGUGCAGCGGUCGGCCUCGUUUAACGCCACUUGUACUGUUCCACUUAGUAUCAGCAAGACCACGCACGUCAAAAAUUCCGCCUCGUUCAGCAGCUGCUCCCUGCUGACGAAAGUGGCCAAAAAAUCCGGUCUCUCCGGUUCACUGACCGCCAACUCACUGCUGAAGUUCUCUACUUCCAGUUCCGCCAACAGUUUGCAGCAGCUGAAACAGCAACAGCAAGCAAAUGGCAUAACCAUUUCUAGCAACAUCACAGAAGCUCUAGCGAUGGCCGGUCAAAAUCCGAAUCCAUGCCUGUCGGCAUCUUCAUCCGGACAACUACGGACCCCGCCGUCGGCUUCCUCGUCUACGUCGUUGGCUUCCUCGACGACCUCCACCGUAACUGCCACCGCCGCCGCUGCUCCUUCUUCGACUGCCACUGCUGCUGCUGCUCUCUCGUUGUCGCAGUUCAGCAAGAACAACAUUGUUGAUUAUUACGUUUAA